GUACCAAGCUUUUGAAAUGUCCCAGAUCAGUUUCGGAAAUAGGUAAUUAUCGUCAAAAUAAAAUACGCACAACCAACAGGGUUUACUCUUGUUGCGUGUUUUAUACCAGUGAAGAACCGGAAGUUGCUUCUCCUCAACUCUAACUUGAUAGAGCGACAGGGGUUCGAUAACACGGAAAUAGCCACAGCGCUAUCAUUAAAACACACAACAGAAGGAUAAAUAUCGAAUUACUCACCUUCUGUGUAAUUCUGAAACUUUUUCCACAAUGUCCCGGCAAUCCACUCGCACAACGGACAGCAAGAAGAUGAAUUCCGAGCUGUUCACAUUGACCUAUGGAGCCCUGGUCACACAACUGUGCAAAGACUACGAGAAUGAUGAGGAGGUCAACAAGCAGCUGGACAAAAUGGGUUACAACAUCGGAGUGCGUCUCAUCGAGGACUUCCUGGCACGCUCCAGCGUCGGCAGGUGUCAGGAUUUCCGAGAAACGGCCGAUGUCAUCGCUAAGGUGGCGUUUAAGACGUACCUGGGCGUCACCCCCAGCGUGACCAACUGGAGCCCGGCAGGAGACGAGUUCUCCCUCAUGCUGGAAAGCAACCCGCUGGUGGACUUUGUGGAGCUGCCGGACAACCACAGCGCUCUGGUUUACUCCAACCUGCUGUGCGGCGUCCUCAGAGGAGCCCUGGAGAUGGUGCAGAUGGCGGUCGAUGUGAGAUUUGUCCAGGACACACUGAGGGGAGACAGUAUGACAGAAAUCCGUAUGAAGUUCAUCAAGAGGAUUGAAGAGAACCUUCCGGCAGGAGACGAGUGACAACCGUCUUGUGUGGAAAGGAACACUGGACUUGGAGGGGUAAUGCACUUUUUGGGGGGAAUUUUGCCUAUCGUUCACAAUCAAUAUGAGAGACAAGGAGACAUAUUUACUCUAUUUUGAUCAUUUUAGUCAGUGUUGGGUCCGAUUUCUUCGCUGCAUUAAUUUCUGUUUCCAUAGCAACCCACUUUUGGCAACAAAUGUGUGUUCAAACUGUCGGAAACAAACGCCAGUGUGUUUUCUAAUCAUGGCAAACUUGGUAACAAGACAAUGAAGCCGCCUAUUUUCGGACAAAUGAAGAUUCACAACCGUAUCUUUUUGAAGCUGAAUAUAUUGAGGAUGAACUGUGCCUUCUAGAUGCGAGCACAAAGGAAGGGUGAGACCUUGGAGCAGACGGAAUGAGGGUAAAAGUGGUUUUGGCGCUGUGUAUGUGGAACUUGGAGACUAGCUUUUUUGACAUAAAUGGAGUGCUUACCCAAAUAAGACGGACCAAACAGACAACUGUCUAUUGAGUGAGUCACACUUUAUAUCAAUCAUGACACACGCAGCACGUCAUGUCUGUUAUUACAACUACAGUAUUAAUGCUAGCUGUGUACAAAAAAAAACAUUUAAUAAUACUUUACAGAUACUGUAAUAUGAUUUCAUGUUUUUCACUCACUUUCACAUUGUGUUGUGCAUCACAAACUCAAACGUUUUUCGUGCUAACGUAGAAGCUAGCUUAUCUUUUUUUCUGUAGUUAGCUUUUACGACUAAUAACGUAGCAUGCCGAUGUGUUAGUACGAUUAAAAAAAAGAGUUCUUCAGUGUUCAGUCUAACAAUAACAAUGUUGCUACAGCUUGUGUCAGGUUCAAACACAGAUGACAUAUAUUAAACAGACAAGAAGCAAGGAAUUAAACAAGAGACAGAAUUAAAUUUAGCUCAUUGAGGAGAAACGUCUAGGCUGUACUCUUUGUACAGUCUUCCACCACGUUCUGACGAAAGGUUGCACGCCUCCUGUUUUAUUAGGACUUUCCCUGAUUACACGGCAACAGCUGUUUCUAAGGGGCGAGGGAGUUGUAAAAAGCCUUUGCCCGCAGUCACAAAACAGUUCAAAGAAAAGAUGCCUGGAGCUUGCAUCAGGUCCUGCUUCCUUCCCGCUUUGUAGAUCUCAGGUCAAGAUAAGAUAUUCCUGUGGACAGUAGAUCAAAGAAACCGACACCUUCAUGUCGCUUCCCAUUGUACACAGUGGAGUUUUACAAGCCUUUGCUUGGUAAGAUCGAAGACAGCUUCUGUCUGCUCUCCGGGAACUCAUGGAAACACAACGUUUUGUGAUAACAUAGAUACAAUUAUUCUGACAGCCUGGUUAUUUAACAGGUUACGGAACAUAAAUAAAGUUUUGUUGACGGUUUUUGAAUAUAUUUUUAAAGAGGUUUCGAGGUAGAAUUGAUUGCUAACAUUAGCUGCUUUGCUAGCCACCGUGGAAUAAGUUUAUUCCUACAUUUUAGAAUGCAAAACGAUUGUGAACGAUAGAAAGAAUUCCCCCGCACAAAAGUGAAGUUCCCCUUUUAUAAACCGAAUGGACAAACUAGAAGAGGACACACUUGACUCCCAACAUCAUUGUGUGAAUUUGCUCUUUUUCUACCCAUUGAAGUUACAAUUAAAGACAUUUUUUCUCCUUU